AUGGACCCAUCGAUGAGUUUAGGAACUCGCCCGAACUCUCCGAUAGCUGAGAUAAGGCGAUAUCGAGAGGAGCGCUCAGUGACGGAUGUCAUGGCGAAGGGACUGCACCUCUUGCCGGCCGGCAUCGCCUUCUUGGUCCCCGUCUCCUUCCUCAUAACGUACGGCAUUGCUGUGUGGGAACAACAUGUCAAACCGUUCCUGCCUUACGUCAGUUCCACAGGAACGAUGGCUCCAGAGAGUUAUGUCUUCUCUCUGCUCGUCAAUAUUACUGCCUACCUCUUAGGAAUCUGCGUCUACUUGCGGUAUCUAUACGUGAAGAAGUUCGCCAGGUUCAGGAACCCGAGAGGUGUCUGGCUCAACAAGUUCGCUUUGUGGAUUGGAAUUGCUGCCUGCUUAGGGCUUGAUUUGGUCGCCAACUUCCAAGUCUCUGCUUUUUCUAUUCCUCAUUACAUCGGUGCUUUUCUCUGUUUUAUAGGAGGAACAAUCUACUUCUACCUACAGACUGCUGUUUCCUACAAAAUGAUGGAGGUUAUUGAAAUGCCACACUUGCAUGUCCUCAGGACUUGGCUGUCUGUUCUGUCGUUUCUCCUCAUCGUAGUUGUUGUUGCAUGUGGCGUUGCUGCUAAAAUGAUGUUUCCAGGUAAGGGAAGUGAAGAACGCCAGUGGUUGCCAAAAGACAGAGGUUAUAUUCCACAUAUCCUUAGUGCCGCUGGCGAAUGGUUCCUGGUCCUUGCUCAUGGAGCGCUUCUACUUACCUUCUUGCCAAGUUUCAGUUGUAUCACGAUCAAGGCACCCGUUGUUGUAAUUGAAGGCAUUACGGAAUCUUAUUCGGAACCAAUACAUAUUAUUUCAGCUGGGAAUCCAUACCGAUGA